CAGAAUUAAGAACUCUAGCCAAUCAAAAACCUUCACAAUGGCCACCACCAAGAUGACGUAUCGCUUCCUGGGCAACUCAGGUCUCCUCGUUUCCAAGCUUUCUCUUGGUGCUUGGAUGUUUUUCGAUAAAUCGGACCCGAGAUACACCGCUGACAACUGGUACAAGAUGAUGCUUACUGCCUUCAAGAACGGGAUUAACUUCUUUGACAACGCCGAAAACUACACCGACGGAUAUUCCGAGGAGCUCACGGGCCUCGCCAUCAAGCGUGGAAUCCAAGAAGGCGUGUGGAACCGUGACGACCUGGUCGUGACCACCAAGUUUUUUGCUGGGACCAAGGGCUUUACGGGAGCCGGUCCGAAUGAUCAGGGUGUUAGUAGGAAGCAUAUUAGCGAAGGUAUCAAGGCAUCACUACGCCGCCUUGAACUCGACAACGUCGACGUGGUCUUCUGUCAUCGCUCGGAGCCGUACACGCCUAUUAAAGAGACAGUGCGUGCGAUGAACUUUGUGAUCCAGCAGGGUUGGGCUUACUACUGGGGAACGAGUGAGUGGCUCGCUUCGGACAUCCAGGAGGCCUGCGAGACCGCUGACCGUCUGGGUCUGAUCCGCCCCGUUGUCGAGCAGUCCCAGUACAGCAUGUUCGACCGCAACAAAGUGGAAUUCGAGUUUGUUGAUUUGUACAAAAACGCUGGGAGACCAUCGGACUCGCGGUUUGCGACGCCAAUGUUUAAGGAUAUGCAGCUGGUCCCUAGCUUCGACAAGCGUGUUGAGAUGAGCGACAAGAUAAAGCUCAUCGCAGCUGAGCUGGGAUGCUCGUUACCGCAGCUUGCUCUUGCCUGUCGUCCGGAACAGUUGGAGGAGAACCUGAAGGCGCUGGCCUUCGUGGACAAGGUGACGCCCGAAGUGAAGGCGAAGGUUGACGCUAUCGUCAACUUUGUUCCUACUGUCCCGGAGCUGAAUUCAUUGGCGACUCUGCGCGGCAGACACCUUUAA